UAGUGGUAGUCAGUACUGCCGCGAUCACCGCCGCCGUCACACCUUCUCUCACCUCCUCUGUCCUCUGUCCUCUGUACAGGCCCGAGGAUGAAGUGACAGGAUGCAGUGGGCCCCCGCCACCACCCUGCUACUGCUGGUCGUCUUCUCCCUGCUCACAGUACACUCGGACGGCAGUCCCAACAGCACCUCGACGCGCGGCCGGCGGCGGAAGUCUCGCCCUUGGACACAGGAGGAGCUCGCCUUGGCGGACGCGGUCGCCGGCGAGGAGUACGCCGAGGACGAGGGCACCACCCCCGCAGCUGUGGGCUGCUCGGCGUGUCGGCUCAGGGAGGAGAUGAAGAAUUUCAGUCUAGAGGCGAUCAAGGAGCAGAUCCUCAGCAAGUUGGGGAUAGACCAGCCUCCUAACACUACUGGGGUGGCGCUCCCACAAGUACCUUCAGUUCUCCUAGAAAAGUAUCACAAGGGUGGACUCCCGGUGCCCGGCAUGAUGGGUGACGAACCGCCUCUGGAGGACGAGGAGGACGACUACCACGCCAGGACCGAGAAGGUGAUCGCUUUCGCACAACGCUCCAAUGUCUCACAUCCGAAGCUGCGACACACGAAGGGUAGAGGGCAGGACAUUCUAUACUUCAAGUUCUCAGAUAAGAUCACCCGCAACAGAGUACAGAGGGCGCUGCUGUGGGUGUAUGUGAGAGGCGCCCCCAGUGGCGCCACCAGCACAGGACCCUCACUAGGGGGCGCUCCCGUCACCAUCUCUGUACUGAGGGUAACCAGGGGCUCUGAGGGGGCAGAGACACCUCUGUCCAACAUCGUGUCCUCGAAAGUUUCGAGGCAGAACGACUCCGAAGGUUCUUGGGUAUCCCUGGAUGUCCGGAAGCUGCUCGAGUAUUGGUUCAAAGUUCCUAGUGAGAACUUGGGUAUCGUGCUCCAAGCCACUGGGCCACGGGACUCUCUAGGUCGCUCCCUCAUCGUCACGGACCUGCAGGAGGCGAACGGCUCUCUGGUGCCGUUCCUGGAGGUGUACGUGGCGGAGAACCGCAAGCACAGAACCAAACGCACUCUGAUGCACGACUGCCAUGAGAACAGCGAGGAGACGCGCUGCUGUCGCUACCCUCUCACCGUGGACUUCGAGGCCUUCGGCUGGGACUGGAUCAUCGCACCCAAGAAAUACGAGGCAAACUACUGCUCAGGGGAGUGUCCCUUCGUGUUCCUCCAAAAGUACCCUCACACCUACGUCACAGACAUGGCGCGCCCCCCGGGCACCCCGGGUCCCUGCUGCGCUCCCCGCAAGAUGUCCCCCAUCUCCAUGCUCUACUUCGACCCCAACCUCAACAUCAUCUACGGACUCCUGCCCGGCAUGGUGGUCGACCGCUGCGGAUGCUCUUAAUACCAUCCCUUGUACAUAUAGGGUUCUACUCGAGGUAUCUGAUAGUAUAGUACAAACCGGCUCGUACUUUAGAGUAGUAGUGCAUGCCGAGUUAAUCGUUUGCGAGUUUUAGGAUCGAAGUUUUUCGCGGCGGGGAUGAUCUUUUAGUGCCAACGAAACGUUCAUAGCUCGUUGCUCGCUAAGACGUGGACACAAACCGGGCGGAUUCUAAAUUCUUUAGUCGAUUAAAGUAUUUAACGGGAGAAAAGAAAAAUGAAGGGAACCAUAGACGGACGAUCUUUAUACGCGGCCUACUAAGUAUUUUAGAAAUUAGAGAACAUUGUGAUGCUAACAUUUACCUAUAGGUAGAUAUUAGAAUUAUGAAACUCGUAUAACAGAUUUGUGACCACAAGUGUCGAUUACCGAAAUGCCUUUUUAGAUCGGUAGCCUUAGCUUGUAACUGGUAAGACUGGGUCGUGUAGUUUUAAAGAGCUGUGAUAUUUUUGUAAAGUCGUAUGUAAUGCUCAAAAUUUGUAAAACGAUUUUUAACAGCUCACUUUAAACAUCGGUUAUGUUGGUUUUUAAAUUACACCCUUCUUCGUCACGGUUUUGCGAAAACUGUGUUUGAAAAAUCUUAGAAAUCGUUUUGAUUCUGAAAAUACGAGUCUGUGAUUGCUUGGUAAUCGUCUUGUGGUCUCACGCCUUUCAUUGGUGCUCGUGGAGACAUGGGCGGAUUUGGGUUUACGAUUAGUAUUAAACAUGUAUUAUAGCUUUUCUUAGAGGCUGGAGACUUACUCAACCCGUCAUAGCGUUUUGCACGCCCUCACAACCACCCGCGUCCGUGGACAGAUGCUCAUACCGAUAAAGAGUUGAUAAAAGAUAAAUCAUGAUAUUGAUACCUCUUUAAUCUUUUACCUAACUCAAUAAAAUUUCACAAAGCGAAACAAGUUGAAAAGUCCCAUGCCUCGGAGUGAUAAUGCGCCGUGAUGUUUAUAUUAAUUUAGAUUUAUCGUAGUCUAGAUAUAGAUAUAGGUGUAGGUGUAGGUGUGGGCGAGUAGGAUAAGGUUUGAAAUUAUGGCUGUUGAUCAACCGAAAGACUGUAUAGGAUCUCGUGAGAAGAGUUGGCUGCAGGAAUUUCACAUCGCCUAGAAAAGAAUGUCUUAUUGUACAGUAUAUUGAUCUCUGUAACACUUUACACUAGAACACGCUGAUCCGACCUUCCUUACUAAUGUAAAUAUCUUCAAACAAAAAUGCUCAAAAUGUCAUGUCUAUAUUUUUAUACACCGAAAAGAUUUUACCUCGUACGAUGCAUUACCAAAACCUUACUAAAAAUCUUGUUUACUGUACGUUUUUGGCAUUCGACUUCACUUGCAGCUUAUUUAAUCAAAAUGCAAAAUGCGAUCAGUGUGUCCUAGGGAAAGAACAAUAAAUAAUUGUUUUAUUAUAUGUACAUGGUAGAUAUUGUGUAAUGACUACUUCAGGUUUCUAGGUCUACUAGAAAUAAUGGUGGAAAACCACUUAGAUAGUGAUAAAGUAUAAAAAUAAAUAUAUUUACAUGUCAUUGCUCUUUGGGUAAUCAUACACUUUUAAAUGCCAACGGAGACUUAAUUAAGUAGUAAAACAUGUACACCAAAUAAUUUUAUGCAUUAUUUAAAAACAUUUGAUAAAUUAUUGAAUAUCGAAAAAUUACAGACUAACACA